AUGAACCCUAAAAUUCUUACACAAUAUCUACUGGCAACAACGGAUGUAAUCAGUGAUGGGGAAUUGAAGAUAACAGGGAUCAGCUGCCAAUCGACAAAGUACGAUAUUCAGAAAUAUGAAAUCAUUCAUCCUAUACAUUUCCUUCAGAAGCACCAGUUCAGCUACCGGUACAAAACCGGCUGCUCCAAUAUUGCUACAUGGAAAGAGGCAGGUGUUUAUCUGUGUCAUGAAGGGCCGAAUGCCAUAAUGGUUGACUCGAGGGAGAUAGGCAGACUUGCAGAAGUUGGUAACAACGAAUGGCAUGUGAAUGAUGCAGCAGACACCAGCGGAUUUGUAGUCGAUGAAUGCUGUAAACACGAUGUAGAAAAUACGUCGCAUGCAUUGUCCGUGCAAUUCAAAUCCUACCCAUCGUCUUCAGCAUAUAAUUCCAUGGCCGCCAGGCCUAUCGGUUCGGUGGCUGGCCGGUUCUCGGAACUGAAGGUGGCCUCUGAGGCGUCAGACACCUGGCUGGGCCGAUGCGGCUGGCGCGGCCCUUCCCGAUCGCCAACAUGGCCCACGAGGAAGGGCCGCGUACUGGAGAGGCUGGACACUGGGCGAGACGAAGCCGUAGCUGGAGGCAUCGCUCGCCGUCGGACUGGGCGAGGGGUUGUUGAACGGGGUCGACAGUUCAACGGGAGGGGCGAUGAGAUUGCUGUCUGCCUCGAUGGUUCGCGGCGAAGUGGCUGUGACGACGGACUGAUCGAUCGGCGGACUUAUUCGGAUGCUACGUUUAGUAACUACCGACGCCGUCGUGCCCGUCAAUUUGGGCCCAUCCUCUAUCCCCGGCUUGUCCGCGUACAUCCAUCGCAUGAUAUGCGAUUUCUUGCCCUCGCUCGUCAUCUGCGAUCCACGGCGCGCAUGACGACGACGACGGAAACACCAGAGGGCAACGGCACUCCCGACGAGCAGCAGCCCCAGGACGACACUGAUUAUGGCACCGGGCCGCCAAGUGUGGACUUCUUGUCGGCACGGCGGAGACGGUGCGGGUAG